UAUUUGUUGAUCGAUUUCAGUAAUCAGAAAUAGCGCUUCUAGAGAUAGUUACUCAUUUAUAUUUAAUUAAUCAAGUCUUCCGUGUUUAAAAAUAAAUUAGCUUUCAUGAAAUGCUAGUGUCAGUGAAUAAAAGAAUUUCGAAGACUGAAAGUCUCUCCAACGGAGUUAAUCCUUUUUUCCAUUCUUCAGGUUAUACUUUGAAGUAAUCAUGUUUUUAUACUGAUAAUGUUUUAAUUUCGAGAAACUUUUACCUCUUUACCCAUCCAUUACCGGGUUUUUAAUUAAUAAAUUAUUGAAUUAACUGAUUGUCAGUAUAAAACAAUUUUUCAUUCUCUUUGACAAGAGAAACAACAAUGAAAAGAAUGGAUAUAAUCGAUAUUGAAAGUAUUGAAUCCAAUGCUCGACCACUAAAAAAUUCAAAAGUAAAAUGCAACUGUAUUAGUUCUAAUUCAAUUUGUUAUAUCGUUGUGACAAUUGCGACUUUAGCUUUUCUAGGAGCUAUCGUCUUUAUUUGUAGAGACUACAUUGAGAAAUUACUGUGCUGGAUAGAGCAUCAGAAUGUUUGGAUUAUUAUUGUGAUUGUGAUAUCACUUUUUACAGUUGUAUCCUUUCCUAUAGUGAUUGGAUACUUAUUUCUUAUAAUUGCCAGUGGAUACCUUUUUGGUAUUCUUAGAGGCAUUACAUUGGUUGUGUUAGGAGCAAAUUUAGGUAUAGCUGUAGCACACACCACUCUCAGUGCUCUUUCAACGAAAUUACCCAUUGGAGCACUUUUGAGAAGUGAAACUGCCCGAGCAAUAUUGAGAGUUAUUUCAGGACCUCAAGCAUUUAGAGUUGUUCUUUUCGCAAGAUUAACUCCGAUACCUUUCGGUCUUCAAAAUACUAUUUUUGCUGUCAGCAAUAUCAGUGGUCUACGAUAUCACAUUGCCAGUGCUAUCGGCUUGUUACCUGCCCAAUUGAUAAAUGUCUACCUUGGCAGCAGUUUGCGUUCCAUGCAGGAUGUAUUAUCAGAUAAGUCAACUGCUACAACAGGGUAUAUAGUGUUUUGCUUUCAAAUACUCAUCGCUGUUUCGCUAAUGGUUUAUGUGGUACAAAAAGCUCGAAGAGAGCUCCAUCUUACUCUGCUUGAGGCAGACCUUGCAUCUAUGACUGACUCACAUUAUCUCCAUGAUGUAAUUCCUGAUUCUAAAGGAUCACUUGCGUAAUUAAUUAUGCAGAAACCGAAACAAUUUAGACACGAGAAAUUAAAUGAUAAGAUAAGACUGCUAUUAUUGUGACAAAAAAAUAACGCAUGGCCUAGAUUUCUCGCGUAUAUUUCUGAUGAUAAUGAUCAAGAAAACAGUGAGUGAUGUUUAAGUUUGUGCACAAUUAAUUUUAGUUUUUGUGCCAAAAAUAAUGUUAAUUUAUGACUGAACCAUUCAAACGCUAUUGUAUUUAACCUUCCAUUUAUAUAAUUUAAUUUUUUCGUAUUUGUUAAUAUGAGUUUUAUAAGUAUAUUUUUUUCUUAUAUUAUUUAUGUUAAUUUUUUCAUUGUAUUUUAUUUUUACAUGAAAAAAUUGCAACACUAAUAGAUGAAUAAUUUACGGAAGAAUGAUUUAUUUCAAAGUGAAUACAUUUUCAGAUGUAUUCAUUUAUAUUAAAUUAAUCAUUCGACACCUGUACACAUAAUCUUACAUAUUAGAUUUUGUGAAAUGGAUAAAAAUAUUUUUUUAAAUUAAUACGUGUCUUCCAAGUGAAAAAUUGUGUUAGAUUUAGUUAAUAGCACGUUAAUCAAAUGUAAAAAUUUCAAUUGCUGUGUUUAUAGUAAUAACUAUUUUUCUGAUAUUAUUAUUAAUCAUAUUAAUGAUUUAACUUAAGGUUUAACAGCAUUUUAUUCAAAUAAACUUAUGUACAUAGAUAUUAUAUUAAGUAUAUGAACACCUGUGUGAAUAAUCGACACGGUUAAUGAGAAUGGUGAAAAAAAAAUUGGUAUAAAAAAUAUACUGCAAUAUUUUUCAACGAUUAAAGAGAUAAUUUACAAACUCUUAAAGAAUUAAUUUUUGACGAUUGCUGUACAUUGAACAUCAGUUGAAAUAAUUCCAUUCCACUUUUUGGUAUUAUUUUUUAUUUACAGUUGAUCUAUUUAUAAAGAUUAAUAAAGUGAUCCUUAACAAUUAGAUUAGAAAAUCAAAAAGCAAAAAAAAUUGCAACUUCUGAACUGAUGUAUUUUACAAUUAAAUGAUCUGAAAAACGAUGCCAGUAAUUUAGAAUUGACCGUAUAAUAUUUAAAUGUUAACCGUAUUCUCUUAAUAAUUUAUACAAUUGUAAAAAAUGUGUAUGAUAUAAAGAUUCUAUUUAUCACAGA